AUUAAAAUUUAGAUGUAGUUUAUGUAUUUUUUAAAUUGUCUAAGUACUUUUCUAUAUGUGCAGGUAUUACUAAAAGCAGCUAAAUGUUACUAACAAAAAGUGUAACUAUUAAUUUGAAAGUGCAGUUAUAUAGUAAUAUCUCGCGGAGAAACUAUGGUCGAAAAGGCUCAAAAUAGGCCAAAAUAAGUGAAGGGAUGGAAAAUGAGAAUCAUAAAAAAUGGUGGGAUGCCAUAUCACCGCCCCUUCCUUUAAUCCUGCAGAGAAGUGUUUUUUUACUCAUUUAUUUCCCAUAUGACGUUUAACAGGCUUAGACUGAGAUUUCACGGUGUAUUUAAUACAUGCCCCAAGUUGCACACUUUUUAGGAUAACAUGGAGAGGCCUCAAAAAACUAUUUUUUCCUUUCACAUUAAUUAAAAAUAUAUUAAUACGCAUUAAGAGAACAAUGUGAACACUAAACUUGACCUUAUACUUUCAUUUUUAUUUUGUUAGUAGUUGUCUAUUGUUACCGAUUUGCCAAAAGUUUAAAACUCCCCUUAUGGCUAAUUCAUUAGACAUAAGUCACCCAUUUUUAGUUUUAUUUACUGUCAGCUUAUAUAAUAUGAAUCAGUGGUGGCUCCAGAGGAAGGAUUAAGUGCUCCGGCCCCUCCUAAGCCUGUAUUUCUAAAAAAUUGUCUAUUGUUAAGAACAAAAUUACAAAAAAGGAACAUAAUGUCGAAAAUGUUCUGAAGAUCAUAGCACAGAAUAGCUUAGCCCCCUCCCCCCAAAACUCCGGAAACGACCUACAUAUGAACCAUGAGUAAUAUUAUUUAUUGAACCCGCCUGGUUACCGUUGUUACGAAGUGUGAUAACGGUUAUCAAACAGAUUUAUAAAAGUGUAAACAAAAAUAUAAUGGAAUUUUAUAUAGAUUCCAAAAUUCGAUAAUAUGCGUAAUGACUAAAGCUGAGUGUUGCGUGUAUUGUGUAGGUACAUCUCCUGCGAUUGUAGAUGUUUUAAGUGUAAAUGUUACACGGAAAUUCAACACUCGAACACUUAAGACGAAAGUCGCUGUUUACAUUAAAUAGUAUGUAACGAUCUUUGGUAGGUAGUAGCUGUCGUCUUUUUUUUUAGCAACAAUUAUGUUGACCACUCCGACAAAUGUUGCAUCGAAAAGAUCACGAUGCAUAGCACUCCUCGUACCAGUUUUCUUACCAGCAAUACACAUUCUGAUUUUGGAAAAAUUCUGGAGCGACUUCAAUGUGAACUUCAACAAGGAACACUGUACGUGUUCCUGUUGGGACACAGUGUUCAAAGGGCCUUACGAAGCAGGUGUUGCUAGAUAUAAGCACAUGUACUUUAAUGCUACAGAAAACAUGUUUAAUAUUUGGGCGAUUACGGCAGUCUGCACAAUUGUGUUGUACGAAAGUGUGAAAAACAUAGUCAGGCUGUGCCUCGACAAGCAAAUACGCUAUAACAUGAUGUUGUUGUUUGUUCUAUCGAUGUUCUCUCACUAUUACUCAUGGUGGUCAUUUGUCAACUAUUGGAACGAUGAUUUCUAUUCGCAAUGGAAUCAUCAGAUAUUCUUCACUGUUACUGAACUGUACUCUACUAGUAUCCUGUACACAAUAUGCGAUCGCAGGAAAGAGAUAAAGAAAUUCCAUUUGUUUUCUAUCAUUUCAGUGGGCUUAACACAUAUGUUAGCUGCUGGCUUUGAUCAGUUUGUUAUUAAUGUAAUUGGAGGAAGUGGAUUUGCACAUCAAGUGAUAAGAGAUCUCUUCUUGAUGAUACCAGAUAUAUUGAAUAUUAUUAUACCAUUAUUGGAAAUAAAAAAUCGAAGAUUAACCACCAAAAAUCGCUAUGCAGAUGAUCCAAGCAGUUUUAAAGAAAUAUUGUUACUAGUCAUAAUUGUGACCUCUGGGUUGAUAAUUGUUUCGUUACUUUAAUAUGUAUUUAUUUAUUUUAACCAAUAAAUCCUAUGUAUAUAUCUAUA